UCUCUCUCUAUUAUAUAACUAGCUUCUGUCAGAUCCCAUCUCUUCCCCCUUCACUCUGUGCAUGUUCUUGGGAUCAUAAGCCGAGAGAAAUUAAGCUUUGAAGAUGGUGAAGCUGAGAUCAAAGAGGUUUUGCAGAGGAGGUUUCAAGCUUUGUGGCAAUGUUAAAGGAAGUGAAAAGGCUGAGACUUGUGGAAGCCUUAGUGAAAUCAAAUGGGAGCUUAGGCCUGGUGGCAUGCUUGUUCAGAAAAGAGAGAGUGGUGAUAGUGUUGCAGAGUUGAUUACAGUUAGAGUCUCAACUCUUUAUUCUCAGUUUCAUGACAUCUCCAUUGAAGCGACUUCAACUUUUGGGGAUAUGAAGAUGGUAUUGUCAUUGGUAACUGGGUUGGAAACAAGAGAGCAAAGGCUGUUGUUCAAAGGAAAAGAGAGAGAAGACAAUGAAUACUUGCACAUGGUAGGUGUUAGAGACAAAGACAAGGUGUUCUUGUUAGAAGAUCCAGCAAUCAAGGAGAGGAAACUUCAUGGCUUAGUAGGUGGAACUCCUUGUCGGACUAUAAGUGUAUAAUUAUAAUACUGAUUAAUUAAUUAAUUUGCUUUUAUUACUAACCAUAAAAAGAAAUUCCCAUAAAAUAGUGAUGGGGACGAGUGACUUUAAUUGUAUUUUAUUAUUGUGGAUGUGGCAGCUGAUGCAUUUCUUAGUCAUCUGCUUAAUUAGGAGUUUACUAUGUUUAUGAAAAUGUUGGAUUCCCCUACUUGUAAAAUUAAUUAUCUUAAGUUUGUGAGACCAUCUGUUCAAGUUUCA